UCUCCUUAUCGCUUACCGCCCAUCACUUUGAAGCUCCGCUGCUCUUGUUCAACGUACAGCUUCUUGUACAUUCAACUAAACAGUACUGGCAAGCAAAGUGAAGUAUGAGGUUGUGCUGAAAUCUUUGUACAAGAAGGAUCAAAAGAAGGAAAGGCAAAGAAGAGUAUGCAAAGAAUUCUUACUCGUGAGACAUACGAUUCAAGAAAAUUCAAAAUUAUUCAUUCAUUGUAGGUAAUAAAGAUCUACUUUCUUAUCCAUCAAGCUUUUCAAGGCAACUUUCUCUUAUCUCAGUUUCCCGUUUCAUUAUCGGAGAGCAAGCAUUUCUAUUGUCAGCAUUUAUUCGCUCCCGGGAUUAAAAUCCACCCUAACCCAAUCUGCUCAAAGACAAAAUGGCUGCUCAAUCAGCAUGGCGCUCCAAUCAUUCAAGCGGUAACACACCUAGAUGGGGACAAAACGCAGCUGCUUCUAAUCAAACACAACAACAACAACCACCACGUCCUGCCAGUAAUGGAGAUGCAAUCACAGUAAAUGCAGCAGCACCAGCUCCUGCACCGACUGGCUCUUUUCCACCAUUGGGAAACAAAGCAGCCCAUUCGGCAGGUUUGAAUGAAGAAGAUAGCAUUCAGCGUGAUCGAACCUUGCAUUUGCUAAUCGGCCUGAUCGGUCAUACAGUCGUCGUUACAACACGCUCUGGUAACAAACAUAUCGGUAUCCUGCAAACGACUUCUGUACCGGAUAACAAUUCAGCUAAUGGCACAGGAGUCGUUUUGAGCGUCUCUCAACAAAUUCAUCCCGAUAAUCGCUUGGGACCUGUACAGAAGAUUCUGAUCAUUAAAGGAGAGGAUGUUGCCGGUAUCGCAGCUCGCGAAGUAGGUUUAGAUGUACAACCAACCAUGAGCCAUGCAGAACGACUUGGCUUCCGAACGGAUACACAAAUCUCCAAUUCUGGCGAAGUGUUCGACCAGAGAUCUUUGCAAAAGUGGGUAGGAGAUGCAGAUACGGAUAUGGCGCUCGAAUCUACGGGCGGGUCAUCCGGUAAUGCAUUGGGCGGUUGGGAUCAAUUCGCAGCAAAUGAAGCAAAGUUUGGUAUCAAAUCCAAUUACGAAGAGACCUUGUAUACAACCAAAUUAGACAAAUCUGGCAAAGACUACAAAGAUCGCGAACGCAAGGCAGAUCAAUUGGCGAAAGAGAUCAUGUCCUCUGCUGCAAGCAAUUCGCACAUUGCCGAAGAGCGUAACCUUGUCGACGCUGAUGGUGCAACCGCUCAAACGGAGGAGGACAAGUACGGUGCCGUCGUUCGAGGUACGAAUGCUUAUGUUCCUCCUGGCGCCCGUCGUGCUGCUGCAGCUGCAGCCGCUGCCACCGCUUCAGCCUCUGCAACUGCUCGUAUGAAUGGUUCCAAUGCAGUCGAAGGUGAUGGCCUGAAUAGUUCUGCAACACCUGCUAUCGUCACAACUGCGCCAUCCAACUCAACAGCGAUCACCGCUACCAGUGGACAAAGGGAUGACAAGGCUACUGCUGAUAAACAGCAAAAUAAGGAUGCCACAGGCGAUUUCCGUCAAUUCGUGUCUCAAGAACGAGAGAGAGCAGAACGUAAAAAGGCUGCUUUGGCUAAGCAAGAAAAGGACAACAAGUUGGCUGAUUUGAGAAGCUGGAGUGAUAAGUUCAAGCUAAGCUUCCCCGUUCCCAAAGAUCUUGCUGGAGCUUCACAAGCACAACCAGGAACUGCAAAGGAUGUCAAAGCAGCACCUCAGGCUAGUGAAAUGCCUCGAGAUCCUAGCUUGCAAAAAAGUCUCAGUCCAACGCCUGCCAAUGCUCAAAAGGCUGCAAACGCUAACGAUAAUGGCGGAAGUGCUUCUGCUAAGCAUAGUCCAACGAAUGCUGGCAUUGCUCCGACAACAGCACAAGCUAGUACGAAUGAUGCAGGCAAGUUAGCUGAGCGUCGUCCCUCUGCUACAUCUUCUGUCAAUCCGGCACCAUCAAGAUUGGCCGAGACAAAGGCUAUGUUGGCCAAGAUGACAAUUCCAGCUAUUCCUCCUUUCGAUGCAUCGAAAUCGCGCACUCGUCAAGCAGGUUUGAAUGAGAUUGCAGCUGGUACUACGAAAGAAGCAACCGCCAAUAUUGCUGGGCCGAGCAAGGAUGCGGCUUCAAGCAAAUCGUCUUUCAAGAUGAGCGCUAAAGCCAGCAGUUUCAAGCCUUUCAAUCCAAAUGCUGCCAGUUUCACACCUGGAGUGCCUGCCAACAACAGUGCUGCACCACGUCCAUCACAAGAUCUUUCAUUUGGAAUGAGCCCACCUCCAGUCAUCAGAUCUGAGACGCCUCUAAAUCCAUUCUUUGGUAACCGGGUUAUCAAGAAACCGGCUCAACCAUUGCAUGUACAAAAGGAAUUCAGCCCUUUCAAAACAGGCAAAGUGCCAGAGCCUUCAACUGUUGGAUCCACUUGGGACUUUACCGGCAAACCCUAUAGAGACCUAUUCCAUGUGAUUCCUGCUGAUGAUGGAGCAUCCAGUAGCCAGCAAACUCCUCAUACGCCACAUGCUAACCCGAGUCAACCUGGUGGCGUGACGAGUGGUCCAGGUCUGAAUUUGGGUGGUAAUGGUCUACCACCAGGUGUUCACUUACCUCCUCCUCACAUGGUUGGUCAACAAGCAGUCCCACCUCAUCUUGCUGGACUUCCUCCCCAUCAAGCUCACUUGCCUCAUGGUGGGCCUCACCAAAUCCAACAAAGUAUUCCAGGAACACCGCAUAUGGGCCAGCACAAUCAAGGUGGCGUGGCACAGCACAGUGGUCAGCCUUCCUUGAAUCAGCCGAUGUACAUGCAAUAUCAACCGUAUAGAUUGCAACAUGGUCAACAACCAAUGCAACAUUUGGGUGCAAGUCCAUAUAUGAACCCUCAAUUCAUGGGUCAAAUGCCAUUUUCGCCGCCAAUGCCUCCUGCUGGAGCUCCAGGUGGAAUGUAUAGUCCACAAAUGCAAAAUAUGAUGUCUGUUCCUGGAGCAGGAGGUCCGCCUGGUGCGCAUGGUCAUAUGCGAGGACAAGCAGGAGGUCCACCUCACAUGCAAGGUGGCAAAGGACAACAUCCGCCACACAUGUACUAUCAACAAGGAGGGGGUCAACCGAUGCCGGGAAUGCCGUACGGUCAACCAUUUCCUCCUAGCGCAGGACCAUCUCCUGUGAUCCGACAUCAACAACAACACCAUCAACAUCAUCCACAACAUCACAUGUCCCAACAAUAUCAAAAUCAUCAGCCUUAUGGCAUUCCAAACUUACAGCAACAUGGCGGUAACAAUCAUGCUCAUCAACAUCAACAAAGUAUUCCCUCUUCCGCAUCUGUACAAACAUCUUUAUCAAGUGCGCCAACCCCGCAAACAGCUCCAACGUCUGGCAAUGUGUCUGAGGCAGGCUCAGCAACACCAAUUGCCCUUGCACACAAACCAAAGAAACCUCAGCUUGCGGCUGUGGCACAUCAUGCCAAUGCGGCGACACAUGCACAUGUGGCAAAACACCUUCAGGUGAAAAAGUUUCAAGCUGUCAAUGUUCUUCCAAGCCUCAAGGUUGCGAUUGCAACCCAUGCACAUGCUCAAACGCUCAAGUUCAGGCUUAAGCGGAUCGGCAAUUGGGCGUCAUCCUCCUGCCUCGCGCAAUGAUUUUUGUGCGAUAGGAUGAAUUGACAAAAUUGUAAUCAUAUCUCAUAUAUUCAUACUUCGACC